UCAAUGUCAAUUUAAUGUCAUGUCAAUUCAAAAAAACUAAAAAAACACCAAAAAUGUUUUGAAUUCCGGCAAAAUUUCUAUGUACAUACUGUAAAUAAAUAAAUAAUUCAAACAAAAAAUGAGUAAGAUAUCAGUCAAGGGCGGUAGUGAAACAGAGGUGAAAAGUUUCGAAGACGACUCUACGACACCGGAUUUUAUUUAUGGGGGGCCUUUUGUGAAGUUGGAGAAGGCAUGCCCACUGCUGGACACGGCUACUCCCAUAAAUUUGCAGUUACAAGGCACCUUUAAAAAGAGUUUCGCGUAUUAUUCUCUGAAGGAAAGAUUGCCGAUUAUCUUGACGAAAGUCAUAGAUUAUUGCUCGAGGGAAGGACAGAAAAUCCGCUCUGCGAAUAGUGCCUCAGACGAAGACGUCCGAAACUUUAUCCAGUACGUAACCAAGCUGAAAAACGACCUAAUGACCAACAAGAAGUAUGACCUCCUCACAGUUGACACGCCUGAAGCUAAGCGCUGGAACGAAUGGAUACUAAACGCUGAUAAUUCGUACUACUUCACUAAUACUUGGGUGUUCACUGAAUGCUAUGUGUACCGGAGGCUAAGGGAAGGAUGUGAGCUACAGAAGGGUCUCCAGAACUUCGAUCCCUUCGACGAGCAGAAGGAAAAGGCUUUCGCUGGAGGAAUGGAACCCAUGUGCAUAGUGGCCGAGAAACUGGUCACCAUGCUGCCUGAGAGCGACAAGGACAAAAGGAAGGCUGACUUCAUCACGCUGCUCAAGAUUUGUCUAUGGGCGAACAAGUGCGACCUCUCGUUGUCUAUGGGCGAGCAAGUCAACCUGAAAGGCGAGGCCAAGACCGAAGCCGGUAGCCCUGACAAGUCUAAAACGUCUGUGGUCGAUACCGCUGUGAUGGAUCCGUUCCAGAUGAUCAUAGACUAUAAGGAUAAGAUAUUGGUGGAUGAUUCUGGCAAAGCAGUCGACCAAGUGAUAGCAAAGGCAGAGGCUAUCGCAAAAGCAAUUGAAGGGAACACAACAUUCAAAUUCCAAUGCAGUUGUCACAGGCUGGCCACUUUGUACGGCAUGCCGCUGUGCAAAGAAGAGCCCAAGCCAGCUGAAGCGUCCCCGUCCAAAGCGGCCGUGGCGCCGCCGCCGGGGCCCGAGGGCGAAGACGAAGCCCCGAAGAUACCCUGCCCCGCCAAGAUGGUCAUACCGCAGUCGGUUAUGUUUGAUAUCGUCUGUGACAACGCUGGGUACGAGUUAUUUGCAGAUCUAUGCCUGGCGCACUUUUUGGUGUCGCAGAAAAUAGUUCAGAAGGUCCGAUUCCACGUCAAAAAAAUACCUUGGUUCGUCUCUGACGUCACUCCAAGAGAUUUCAAGAACACCAUAGAGAAAUGUAGAUCGGCUAGUUAUAAAAGAGAAGUGCAACAGGAAACAAAAGCAGAACCAACGGCAGAGGGCGAAGCCCCGCCGCCGGAGCCUCCGCGGGUCAUAGCGGCCGACAGCCUUCACACCAUAGCUGACCAGUGGGCGGCGUACGUCGACGACGGGACUUUUGUCGUCUUGAGUGACGACUUCUGGACAUCUCCUCACACGUACAAAGACAUGAAAAAGUACGACUACAACUUGUACCGGAAGCUGCAGUAUGCGGCGGCCAUUUUGUUCAAAGGCGACCUCAACUACCGGAAGUUACUGGGCGAGAGGAACUGCAACCCAGUGCUGGGAUUCGAACCUUCGUUGCAAGGCUUCAUCCCAGCGCCAAUCAUAGCUGUGCGCACAGUGAAAGCGGACCUCAUCUGUGGCCUGCCCAAAGGCAGGUGGGAGCAGCUCAACAAGAUCGACGAGCAGUGGAUGCAGAAAGGCGAUUACGGUGUGAUCCAAUUCUGCGCGAAGGCUGAACCUCUAAAGGUGGCCGACAGACCGUGUCUCGACUACGGAGAAGUUUGCUUCGGCGCCGGCUGCCCGGUCCACACUGAUCUAUGA